AUGUCAUAUUAUAUCAGACCAAAGUUGAAUCGUCCCUAAACUACUUCCAAUCAUAAUAGACCAUUAGAUAAUAGUGCAAUCAGGGAUAGUAGAUUAGUAAAAUAAUACACUACUCCCAAAAUGGGCAGAGAGAAGGAAAAUCUAUAUGACGAGAAUAUAAAAUUGAAGUCUCAACUAAAUGAAUUAACAUAGCAGUUACUUUAUGCAAGAUCCAAAAUUCAGCAAUUAGAAAGGGAAUUGCAAAGAUUCGAGAACUUAAUUGAGGACUCUAUUAAACCUGAAACCUCGCAGUAGAAAGUUUAAAUUGAGCGAUAUGGUUUAAUUAUGAAGAUGAAAACUAAAUAAAAAUAAUUGCUUUUAGAGUUAUAGAAUAAAACUAAAGAAUUAACUGAAUUAAAGAGAACCAUGAGAUUCACAAAUUAUUAGGAGUUAGAAAUAGAAUUGAAGAAUUACAUUGAUGAAACCUUAAGAUUACGAUAAAAGUUGGAAUAUAAUGAAUAAAUGAUAGCGAUAUAAUCAUCAGCAGAGCCUUUAGAAAAGUAAAUUCUGCAUUUGGAGAAGACAAUCAAAGUACUCUAGAGGGACAAUCUGGAAUUAAAUUCAAAGCAGUUAAAUAAUGAUAUUAUCACUUCUAAGUUAUAAAUCCAAUUGGAUGAGAAUUUAAAGUAGAAUGAGAAAUAAUUAAAUGAAAUCAUUCGUUAUGAAUAGAUGGUGAAAGAAUUAAAUGAAUAUAACAGAUAAUGCAAUGACUUUAUAUCCUAAUUAUAAUUUUAAAAUAAGGUGUAGGUGUAGAGUCAAUAGAACACAACAUCUGAAGAACUAUUUAAGGUUCAAUCCUAAUUAGAGAUGUUAUAGAAUAAAUAUUCAUAGGACAUGGAUCUCAAGAGUUAAGAAAUUCGUUCAUUAAAAACUGAAGUUCAGAGAUUGAAUCUUCACAUAUAGGAGUUGGAGAAGGUUAUUGAGAAUUAAGAGGAUAAGAUCAGAGAAAUAGAGUGUUCAGUAUACUCUCCAGUUUCUCGUGUAGGAAAUGCUGAAUCACCAUUAUAAAAUGGAUUUAAAAUAAUGCAGAUUGAAAUGAAGUCUUAGGUAAUGAAGAAAAAGCUGCCUCGAGUUCAAUUGUCAGAUAUUAGAGAAAUUAGUAUGAAACUGAGGUUAAAUCUGGUUAAACACAAAGUACAAUAUUAGGACAUAGAGAAAUACUUUAAUGAUUCGGAAGAAUUGAGUAUUCAUUAGGUGAAGAAUAUAUUGCAUAAACCUCCCUUUGAGAUUCAUGAUCCUUAAUAGAUUAGAUUGUUGAGUAGAUAUUUAGUAGAGGAUAAUUCUGAAGAUUAUUUAAUUUAUGAUUAGGAUAGAACAAAUCAAACAACAAUAAUAAAGUCGGUUAUGAAGAGGAUAGUUGGGAAGUAUGAAAUAUUAUAAAAUGAGGAGGAACAAUCCAUUUUAUAAUCUAUCAAAUAAAAAUUGAACCCUUCAUUAAUAGAAACUAUUUAAAUGAUGCUAACAAAAAAGAAGAAUCUCUAACCUGGGACUUGCGAAUAGAGCGAUUUGGAUCAAGCUUUGAAAUUCCAUGAAAUACAAUUCACUCACAGAGAACAAGAGAGAUUCAACUUGAUUUGUUUUGAAGUUUCGAAUUCUUUGGAUAUCAUUCAUUAUGAAAAAUUACUUACUUACCCAAAAUGA